UUUCUUCAAAUUUUAAAUUUUCACGAGUUUUUUAGAGGGAUAUAACAUGGAAAGUUUGUUACAAAUUCUAAAUUUUGCCAUCAGACUUCUACAUGGGGCAGGUAGAAAUACACAGCAGUAGAGAGAUUUAUCCUGUUUGAGAUUUGGGAAGUUGAAAAUGGAAAUGGAAGUAGAGAAGAAAAAGAGAAGCUUUAGUUAUGAAAUUGGAGAUCAAAAGCUUAAACUCAUUGAUAUUUCUUCAGAGGAAGAUUGUCUUAUUGAUUCGCCUUUGUUUGAUUCUCUUGAAGAUCUUCGCCUUUCAGUAACAUUGGACAAUAUAAAUGAGAAUGGGGGAUCAAGAACUUCCUUUCAAAGAGAUAAAACAACAAAAGUGAACCAACAGAAGGAGCUAAAGCAUUUGUCUACUGCAUCUAUUCAGCCAGGAAGACCGAGUUUCUUGCGUAAAAGUUUAGCUUGGGAUCAUGCUUUCUUCACUAGUACAGGUCUUCUGGAUCCACAUGAACUAUCAUUGGUGAAUAAAGAGUUUGAAACAUUAGAGGAGCAUCCCUUGCCUGUCAUUGUAGAAGAUGUGCGCGCCCGAACAGCAGACCUACAGUCUAUUUCAGAUAUUGGAACUAGCUCCAGAAACAAGAUCGAUCGCAGGCCAGUUUCCAAAAGGAAAAACAUCAGUAAUGCAACAGCAGAGAGAAGUAACACAAAGCAAACUUGUAAAAGAAGAGAGUGCAAUUCACAAGCUCUCAAGUUUCCCAAAGUUCCACGUGCGACGAGGAGUGCUUCGUCUUGGCAAAGCGAAUCAACACCAGAAAUGUACAUUGCAGAUUUGAGAGGCAAGAAGACAACUAGAACUGGACAAGAUUUAAUGGUGUCGAAUUCUACUACUACUCGCUCUUUGUCAUCUCAGAAAAUCGCUCAUCCAAUUUCAUCAAUCACCUCUUGUCCUUCAUAUAUGACAUCUGCUUAUGCUAGGAAAAGAAGAGAAACCCGAAAGAGUGAACUCUCAGCCUCUAUUUCGAGCUCAAUUACACCAACAAGAUCAUCCACAAAGAGUAAAAGUUUUAAAAAUCUUGUUAGUUCCUCAAUGGAAAUUCAUCAUUCCUAUAAUAAACCACCUCUCAGUACUACAUGUUGCUGGUUCGUGGAAUCACCGUCUUCAACUUCAAGCACCAAUCAAGCUCAUAGUGAUUCAAAAUUUGGUCUUAAUAUUACAUUUGGACCAACUCAGAACGUAUCGUCUUCAAGUCAACUAACAAGAGCUGUUGAUUCAGUGCCACGGGAGAAUUCCCAACCAUCCGGUCUUCGCGUGCCAUCACCAAAAAUUGGAUUCUUCGAUGAGGAUAAGUCAUUGGUCCCAACUUUAGACAGAAAUUUGUAUCAAACACAGAAGCAGGGAAUAGCAACAAGUAUAAGUAAAAGUGUUGAAGCAUCAAGUAAAGUUAAACGAGCUCGAAGUUCGCCAGUUGAGGCUCGAUAUGCUGCACCUUUGCAUAAGGUAAAAGAUGCUUCAUCUACGGCAUCAGAUAAGCGAAAACAUAUACAUUUUGAGCAUCAAACUGAUAAAUCUUUGGAGAUUGACACUAAAUUUUGCUCAAAGUUGAGGAAAGUUGGACUGAACUCCAGCUUGAGUGAAGAUGAGAGACAAGUAAUAAAGGAGACAUUAAAGACUAAGGUAAGAAGUGAAAGAAUGGUGACAAAAGCUGAAAAGGCGGUCAGUACAACAACAAUAACUACGCCUCGAUCCCAAUCAAGUAGGGGUCGGCUAUAUAAAUCCUCAUUGUCCAUGUCGCUCCAUUUAACCCCGUCUCGAGACGAGGGGAUCAGUGGCCCUUCAAAGUUAAGAGAGCAAGAACAUGAAGUUAAUGAUUUGAGUAGAUACAUGGAGCUAAUUGAUUUGAAUGAUAGAAAAGAAAUACAGCUUAAACAGAGAAAGAGCUUUCCUCAUAAGAGAAGUCCAUUGGUUGAGAAUAAAUCUGUAUGCAACAGAGAUGUGGUUCUUCAAUCAUCUUUGCUUUCUUCAAAAGGAAAAGACAAAGAGAACAAUUAAGCACUAUGGAAAUCAUUGAUGGAUACUUAUCUUGUUUGACAAAUUGUUAUUCCUAUAAGCUCUUGAUAGACUUAGUUUGUUCUAAUGCAGAAUUCUGAAAAUUCUUUGCAAAUGUUUAAAAGUAGACACCUUUUGUCACUAGCAUUAGUUGGCCAUUUAUCAACCAAUGGGGCAAUGACAUUAUUUUCUAGUGUUA